AUGGACAUUUUGCCAGUGGUGGUUUGUCUCUAUGCUGCUCUGCUCAUGGUUUCAUGGGUGAAAUCUGAGCCAAGCUGUGAUCAGACAGAGUUCUUACACUCUAAUGGCACAUGUGUCCCCUGCCCUGUAUGUGUGGCUGGAGAACAGCUCUCAGAGGACUGUGGCUUUGGGGACGGUGGGGAAGGCAUCUGUAUUCUGUGUGAAGAAGGAAAAUUCAGCACAGAAACAGGCGUGGCUCCUUGCAGAAGAUGCACCCAGUGUAGGUUGCUGAACCGCCUGGAGGAGGCAGCAUGUUCAUCCACCACUGAUGCCCUGUGUGGCCGCUGCCUCCCAGGGUAUUAUGAACUCAGGAGCAUGACCGGGGAAGCAGAGCUGCUCUGUGUACCGUGUUACAGUCAUGACACAGUCCAUAAAGAGUGUCUGCAGUUGACACCUCAAAGCUCUAAAACACUACAAAAAGAAACCUUUUCAGUGGUGCUGAUCGGUUCAGCCACAGCGAUGUUGAUUUUCACCAUCGCUCUGCUGCUUUGGGUUUUCCUUCUGACUGCUGAGAGAUUCAAAGCAGUUCCUGAGUGUUGUCCGGAGCCUAAAGGCCUGUUGUCUGCAGCCGACCUGCAGUACACACCUCUGUGCAGCCACACAGAGAGAGAAACAACACCACUAGAAGGUCCCUCACAAAUGGUUUCAGCUGAGGAUCCUUCGAGAGGCCUGAACUCGCUGAGCCAUGACAAUGAGUUGCAUCCUACUUCUAUUGUAAUUAAUGUCACCACCAACAUCAAGCCCUCCAGUCAGAGCAAAGAAAACAUCACACAGGAGCAACAGCAAAACCUCACCACAGAGGAGAUGGAGCAAAAACUGCAGACAAUAUGGGAGAUUGCUCAAGGUCAGAGUAUUGAGAUGCUCGACUACGACUCAGUCCAGGACUUGUCUCUGCUGCUCGACUCUGCUGACAAUGCCAACAUUUUGCGGCGGCUGGGGCGAUCCUUGGGGGUACCACCUCAGGUUAUUGCCCACCUCCAAGGCUUCCAGGACCUUUUCCAGUACCUGCGCACCUCCACCUACACGCUGCUGCCCCAGCUGGCCCAGGCUGCAGCGCUCCUGCCUAAUCAUGAAGUCGUUGCUCGGAUACACAGAGCUGUGGUGAACAAGUGA